GCACCAGGCACCGCCCACCACCACAGCCCUUGCUACUAUGCGACCUGCCCCCUUUCAUCGACAACAUACUGCAGUGGACAGCUAGCUGCUAGCUGGUUAACCAGUUCCUGUGUGUGAGUGCACGUUCUCCCUCCCGUGAUGGCAGCAGUUGGAAAUGCAGGUCCGAGGGCCACAGACUGUGUGACCAAGGUGGCGCUGAGCAUCUCCUGUAACAAUCUGCUUGACAUGGAUGCCUUCUCAAAGUCUGACCCAAUGUGUGUACUUUACAUGAGCAGCUCUGGACCCCACUGGUCGGAGAUUGGCCGGACAGAGCAAAUCAAGAAUUGCCUUAAUCCCAGUUUCUCCAAGACAUUUGUCAUCGACUACUACUUUGAGAUGGUGCAAAAACUGAAGUUUGAAGUGUACGACAUCGACAAUGACAGCGGCAGCCUGCAAGGUGCUGACUUCCUGGGAGAACUGGAGUGUACCUUAGGGCAGGUUGUGUCCUCAAGAAAACUAACAAGACCACUUGUCAAGAGGGACAAAACUCCUGCAGGGAAAGGAACCAUCACCAUAUGUGCUGAAGAAAGAACAGACAACAGGGUCGUGGAAUUUGAAGUUGCAGCCAGAAAACUAGAUAAAAAGGAUUUCUUUGGGAAGUCCGACCCUUUUCUGGAAUUCUUCAAGCAGACAGAAACUGGAUGGCAGCUGGCUCACAGGACAGAGGUCGUGAAGAACAACCUAAAUCCAACAUGGAAACGUUUCCGUGUCCCGAUGCAAGCGCUCUGUGGAGGUGACGUGGAAAAAUCUAUAAAGGUGGAUUGUUAUGACUACAACAACAGUGGCUCUCAUGAGAUAAUUGGAUACUUCCAGACCACACUCUGCCACAUACAGCAGGCUUCACAGACAUAUGCGGCCGAGUUUCAAUGCAUUAACAAUAAGAAGAAGCAGAAGAAGAAAGGAUAUAAAAACUCUGGUGUUAUCAUCAUAAAACAGUGCAAGGUGGUGAAGGAGUACACAUUUCUGGAUUACAUAAUGGGCGGCUGCCAGAUUAACUUCACUAUUGCCAUUGACUUCACUGGCUCUAAUGGAGAUCCUAGCUCUCCCCAGUCUCUCCAUUACAUCAACCCUCAUGGCUAUAAUGAAUACCUGUCAGCCAUCUGGGCAGUGGGUAACGUUAUUCAGGACUAUGACAGUGACAAGAUGUUCCCUGCUCUUGGAUUUGGUGCAAAGAUCCCUCCAACAUGGCAGGUCAGCCAUGAGUUUCCCAUCACCUUUGAUCCCUCAAAUCCAUUUUGUACAGGUAUAGAAGGUGUGGUGCAAGCCUACCAGCAGUGCCUGCCACAGGUGAAGCUCUACGGCCCCACAAACUUUUCUCCAGUCAUCAACCAUGUAGCCCACUUUGGCAGACAGGCACUGCAGCAGCAAACUGCCUCUCAAUACUUUGUUCUGCUCAUCAUCACCGACGGAGUGAUCACAGACAUGGACGAGACCCGCAGCGCCAUCGUCAACGCCUCUCGUCUGCCCAUGUCUAUCAUCAUAGUUGGUGUAGGAGGGGCAGACUUCACCGCCAUGGAGUUCUUGGAUGGAGACGAUGGAAAUUUACGCUCUGCCACGGGCGAGGCCGCCAUGCGGGACAUCGUGCAGUUUGUUCCCUUCAGGCAGUUCCAGAAUGGUCCUCAGGAAAUGCUCGCUCAGAGUGUCUUGGCUGAAGUUCCUGGUCAAGUGACAAGCUUUUUCAACACUAUGGGUUUGAAGCCGCCCAGUAGCGACAGUGAUGCACCUCUGCCUGACACCUCAGCAUCAGCACCGCUUCCUGAUGCAUCCUGAGAAUCAGCUUUUCUUCUCAAUAUAACACUUUAAAUGAUCUUCAUCAGUGGAGGUGAACCACUUCAACUCAGAAAUCAUGAAAUGAAAUAAUUUUUGCACGUCCUCUUCUUUCUUGUAGGGUUGUAGGUAGUUAUGAUUUGAUUUAUACAAACAACUAUCUACCAGUAUUAUUGAAGCCAUCUGUGUAAGCCAUAGUCAAACAUCUCCAAACUUUUAGUUGUCUUGCAUGUUACAUUGUUAUAUAAAUAUGGCAUGUGGAUAUAGCUUUAUUUGAUAUGACUUUAUACGACUCAAGUGCCAGAAUUGUUCAUUGAUCACUAAAUGUUAAUUUUUAUAGACUACUUUAUGUCAUUUGCUUUAUUGCUCAGUUGAAACACCUGCGAUGUGUUCCUGCUUUCAUGUCUUAAACAGACAGACAACAUUUUGGAUUUCACACUAAAUGCAACAUCAGUUUCCAUUGAGAUCAGAGACAAUGGUCAAAAUAUUGACUUUGCUAAACACCAGGUAAACUUCAGGAAUGUUUGCAUUUGAGAAAUGAACCGAAAACUAUAUUUUGUAAGACUUGUUGAUGCUGCUCUGCACCUUUGUCUUCGUCAGUAAAAAAACCCAAAAAAAAACACUUUCAUUUUUUUUGACUGGUGCUUAAAUCUCACUGUUAAAUGUUUACACUGAUUAACAAUAGAAUUUCACUCUGUCUUAAGUGGAUAGUAAACCUAUCAAUACUGACUGUUAUGAAAAUGAUAAGUACAUUUAGUGUAUGGUAAAAUACUAGCAUGUUUAAUAUGUGUACAUUAAGUUGUACUAAUUGCUGUGUCAUUGCCUUAUAUCCAUGUCUCUUUCAUAGACUUUGAGUUUAAUAGUAUUUUAUGUAAAUAAUAUGUUCAGUGGAAGAAAAGAAAUAUAAUUUUUAACUUUUACUGAUUUUAUGUACAUUUCUAAAACAUUAUUUUAUGUUUGUGACACCUUCUUAAUGCCAUAAUAUUAAACUUGUAUGUAAUUGCUCCUCAGAUUCUCAGUCUCUUCUGUGCUUUCUUGAACUUAGUAUGGAUAGGGCUGCAAAUAUUAACCAAUUAUUAAUAUAUUACGAAAGUAAUCACAAGCUAUUUUGAUUAUUUAUAAACUUGUUUGAGGUGUGUGUGUGUGUGUUUAUUUUACUAAAAUAAACUGUCUAUUUUUCAACUUAAA